AUGAGGAUGUAUGCUACCUUCUCUGACUGUUACAUAGAGUGCAUAAUAAGAGGUGAGUUUUCUGAACCUGUCGUGGAAGAGGACCCACUCCUUCAGCCCUUUGAACGUCUGAAAGAAGGAUCAGAACAAGACGUUUCUCAACAGGUUCUUGCGGCAAGCUCACUUCUUGAAUGUUCCUUGGAAUACAUGAAAAGGGACACAAAACAAGAAUUUCCUCAACAGAUGGUUGGAGAGAAUUCACUUGUUGAGUUUCCUGAGUACAAGACAAGCAAGAAGCUUCCUCCAGGAGGAAUACCGAACAUGGACUUUUCAGAACCUAAACAGCUCACAGGAUGCACUAGGAGGCCAAGUACAAAUAAAGAAUAUGGUGCUCCUAAAAGACAUGCUUGUCCUCACAACGGAUGCAUAAGAGAGUUCCAGAAUAAAAGAUCCCUGAGGAAGCAUCUCCGCGUUCAUAAUCCCCGAGAUCAUAUGUGUGCAGAAUGUGGGAAAGCCUUCAAGGAGAGUGCAAAGCUAAAAAGACAUUUUCUGGUUCAUACUGGCGAGAAGCCAUUUCCGUGCACUUUUGAAGGGUGCGGAAAACGCUUCUCCCUGUCCUUCAACUUGCGUACACACGUGCGCAUCCACACUGGGGAGAAACCUUACGUGUGUCCUUUUGUAGGCUGUCGCAAGAAAUUUAUUCAGUCAAAUAACAUGAAAGCCCAUCUCUUGACUCAUGGAAAGGCCAAUAUGAGGUGCAGUGUCACUGAUGAUACAAUAGCUAAGCCUACUUCAGGCCUAGCCUCUAAGAGACCUGGCACCUACUGCCUUGUUCUUGCCGAAACCAACUGUCAGCUUAAGAAGCACGAUUACCUGAAGACCACCAUCCCAGGGAAAGCAGCAGCUACUGCAACAGGAGCUGAUGCAAGCCGUUUGCACAGGCCCAGCAGGACAAGACAUGAAGACAGCAGGACGAAGGAAUCCUGA